CUUCAUUUCUGUCGACCGCCUCCUCCCAUCUCUCGUUCUCUCGCUCUCCCCCGCAUCCUCCCGGCGAACCAAUGCUGCCUUACCGGACGAUCGCCGACGCCGAGGCGGCGCUCGGCCGGAGCCUCACCUCCGCCGAGGCCCUCUGGUUCGACUACUCCGCUGCCAAGUCGGAUUACUUCCUCUACUGCCACAACAUCCUCUUCCUCUGCCUCAUCUUCUCCCUCGUCCCCCUCCCCACCGUGCUCCUGCAGCUCGCCCGCCCCUCCGGCUUCGACCGCUUCAAGAUCCAGCCCAAGGUCCGCCUCUCCUCCUCCGAGGUUUUCAAGUGCUACAAGGACGUCAUGAAGAUGUUCUUCCUCGUCGUCAGCCCGUUGCAGCUCGCCUCGUACCCGACCGUCAAGAUGGUUGGGAUCAGGACAGGAUUGCCAUUGCCAUCAUUCUGGGAGAUUCUGGCGCAGCUCUUGAUCUAUUUCAUGAUUGAGGAUUACACCAACUACUGGUUGCACAGAUGGUUGCACUGCAAAUGGGGGUAUGAGAAGAUCCACAGGGUUCACCAUGAGUACACUGCUCCAAUUGGUUUUGCGGCGCCAUACGCGCACUGGGCUGAGAUUCUAAUCCUGGGAAUCCCUUCUUUUCUUGGGCCUGCUUUUGUUCCUGGGCACAUGAUCACAUUGUGGUUGUGGAUUGCUUUACGACAGAUUGAGGCCAUCGACACUCACAGCGGUUAUGACUUGCCCUGGAGUCCUGCGAAGUACAUUCCAUUUUAUGGUGGCGCAGACCAUCAUGAUUACCAUCACUAUGUGGGCGGUUUAAGUCACAGCAACUUUGCUUCAGUGUUUACCUAUUGUGACUUCAUCUAUGGAACUGAUAAGGGCUAUCGGUAUCAGAAGAAACUCCUCGAGAAGAUGAAGGCGGAUCAGAUUAAGGAGGAAUGGAGAAGUGGCGAUUCUACUCGAGAUCUUAAAGAUGACUAGCUUAGAGGAAUGAUGGUAUUCAUUCUUGGUGGUGGCCCCUUAUUGCGUUGACUGCUUAUCAUUUUCCCAUGACCAUUGCAGUUGAGUCAGCAUCUCAUGCGAAUCCGGCUAAGUAGAACCAACCAUGGGUUGGGGUGGUGAUUAGCUUGGUCAGUGUCUUAA